AUGGAGUUUGAUGAUGUUUUGAAGAAAGUAGGAGAGUUUGGCCCAUAUCAGAAGCGAGUUUUAGCUAUUCUAAGCAUAACAUGGAUUAUUAUCGGCCCCAUUAUGAUAUAUUCUGUAUUCGGGAUCGCAACGCCAGACCACAGGUGUGGAAUUCCUGAUUAUACUAAUGACACCUAUAACAUUCAAAAUAGUCACCACCAAGAAUUGAUCAAAAAAUAUAUUCCUAUUGGUUCAGACGGUUUGUACAUGUACGAUGAAUGUCACGUGUACCGAUUCAACCAAUCCACUCCCUCAGUUUUUAAUGACAGUGGAGUUUUGGAAGAAUGUUCUUCCUGGGUUUUCGACAAAACUCUCUUUGAUGAAACUAUUGUCACAAAGAUGAAUCUAGUCUGCAAGGAAAAGUACAAGGUCUCACUGAGCAAAACGAUUUUUUUCGGAGGAGUUUUGAUAGGGUCAUUUUUGUUUGGAAUGCUAUCGGAUGUGUUCAUUCCGGAGUCUCCACGAUGGUUGUGUGGAAAGGGCAGGAAACAAGACGCUGCAAUUCUGUUGAAGAGAGCAGCAGAGUGGAACCAUACCGAAUUUUCUCCAGAGAUAUUAGACAAUAUUGCCCCAAAGGAGAAGGAGGCAGGCAAAGUGUGGUUGCUGUUUUCUAACAGGAAGCUCGGACUGAGGACAGCUAUUAUCUUCUACAACUGGAUAGCAGUUUCAAUGGUAUUCUUUGGACUGGGCCUAAAUACUGCUAUGUUCUAUGGGAACUUCUACACAAAUUUUCUGAUAUUUGUGCUGUUGGAGUCAAUUGGAAGCAUGGUUCCCUUAUUAACAAUCAACAGAUUUGGUAGAAAGAGAAGCUAUGUAUUCUUUGUGACUCUUGGAGGACUGUCGUGCUUUAGUACAAUAUUUACAGUUAACUUUUUAGGAGAAGACCUACAGAUACUAACCACUGUUCUUGCUAUGAUGGGCAUGCUGUUUACGACGGCUGGAUAUGCCACGCUCUUCAUUUUCUCAGCGGAGAUAUUUCCUACUGUUGUCCGUAACGUUGGGAUGGGAACCAGUUCUAGCUGGGGCCGUGUUGGAGCAAUGAUUUCUCCUUUCAUAGCAGAAACGCGCCAUAUGGUUGAUGGUUUCACUGGAGUCGCUAUACCUUUGGUCAUCUUUGGUGGGGUUUGUCUUAUUGGUGCCGGUCUGAGCUUAUUUAUCCCGGACACUCUAAACAAAAAGUUACCGGAAACCAUUGAGGAUGGGAAGAACUUCACUAAGAAAACUUAUCCGGAGAAGACAAAUAGAAAAAAAGAAAAUGAGGAAAAUACUACAACUUAUUUUUAA